UCUGAAAUGUAAAUACAGCUGAUUUCAAUUGUAUAAGUUCUAAAAUCCUAAAUUUUUGUUCGAUAUUAUUCAGAUCUUGAAUUUUUUUUUGUAUUUAAGGAGAUAGAAUUGAACAAUCAAGAAGUGAUAAUUAUAUUUCUAGCCUAUCAGAAAUUAUAAUGACGUCUUACUCAUAAUUUUUAAGAAAUGUCUUAAAAAUUAUGUUGCGUUAUUUGUUUACUAUUUGAAAAUUACACUCCAACUCACUUUGAGAAUGAAGCUAUGAAAUGGCAUCUGAUAAUAUUCAUGUUUCUGCAUUAGUACGUCAGCUAGAAGAACUGAAGAAGAAGAAAGCUCGUAAUAUCAAGAAGCUAAAGCGCAAAUCUGGAAAAAUUGAAGUUUUGAAUGACAGGAAAGUUUUUGGUGAAUUGAAUCUUGAGCACCAAUUUUUAAAUCCAAUACAAUCUGUUAGAAAUGAAAUAAAAUAUUUUAAAGAUGGUGUUCUCUGUCUGGAGAAAAAUGAAACUGAUUCCGAUAACUCUAAACAAUCACCAAACAGGUCAGAAUGUCCUGGGGAAGAUUCAGAGCCAAAUCAAAAAAGAUUGUCAGGUGAUCAUCAGAUCAUUGGCCACUCUGAAUAUGAAAAUUAUAGCAGGGUGGAUUCAGAGCAUGACCGGUUAGUUGGCCGUAAGAGAUCAGCAACUGAUUUCCAAAAUGAUGAAACUAUUAGCCAUUCUAAAAAGACUAAAAUAAUUGAAAAUGAACUUUCUGAAGCUUCUAAAGAACAGCGUACAAGUUCAGAGGCAGUUGAAUUUUCCGUCCUUGAAAAGGAAUGUAUGUUCUCAAGACAAUCAGAAUGUCCAAUACCUGACAAUUGUGAUAACAAAGAUAGUGAUAUCUGUAAAGUAAUAAUUAGUAACAGGACUGAGGUAUCAAAUCUCUUACCAACAUCAAAUUCAGAAGACUUACCUUUAGAAGAUAAGGUAGUGUUUGAAAAUUUAAAAGACAACACCUGCAGUAAUAGCUAUAUUACGAAGAAUGUAGUUCCAGUGGAUACUGAUUUCAGUCAAAAUGUGUUUGUUGAGGAAAAUGAUGGAGCAGAAAAAAGCCCCAUCAAAGCAGUCAUUAUUCAAAAACGAACAUUGAAUGAAGGCAGUAAUGAUUUGAAUUCAUGUAACAAUGUUAUCAUUCCUGUUCAGUGUGAUUCGAAUGUAAUAGAAGUGGCAGAUACUGAGAUAAUGAUUGCUCAUCAAUCUCAAGAUGAUAUCAUUUGUCACAAUAAAAAUUGUGAGCCUCUGGAAAAAUUGGAUGAGAUUGAUGAUCAGGAAGUAAAAAAUAAAGGAACCACAGUAAUUGAAAUAGCAGAAACGGAAGAGAUGGUGAACAAAGAUUUCCCUACAGAUGUGGGUGGUUUUGAAGAGGUGGCAACAGAAGAACCUACUUCAGCUCCCUUACUGCCCCAGACGUUGAGACAUCCAUCCAUUAACUGCACUUUCACUGAUGAAGAAGAUGAAACCGCUGAUCUUGAAAACAGUCUUGAUGUAGACAAGCUGCUGGAAGAGUCUGACUGUGAUGAGUUAGAUAUUGAAAAAGAGAACUUCUGUCACUCAGAUUUAGAUGAGAAGGAGAUUGAAGAAGAGAACCUUUGUCAGUCGGAUUUAGAGAAUGAAAACCUAUCUCAGUUUGCAGUGAGUGAUUCUGAAGUUAGCAGCCCUUUCUCGAAACGAAAGAAAUCAAAUUAUCUUUAUAAUGACGUCGAUAAAGUUACAAAAAUGGCUCCCUACAAUGUUAUCGACGUUUCUGCCGAAUCUGAAAUAUUAACCAUUCCAGAAACUGAAUGGUUUGAUUUUGCAAGCUACAGCAACAAAGUCGAGGACAUUGCCGAAAAUGUUUCCAUCGAAACCGAUUAUGCCGAUAACUGUGACAAAGCCGUGACAGUUGAUAAUUGCCAUAACAAUUGCAUUGAAACUGAUUGCAAUGUUAACUCCAAUAGUGAGCCAGUCUAUUUCAUAGCAAAAAUUGAUAAGGGUGCUGUUGCAAACGAUAGAGCUAUUGAUAGCCAUACAGAUUCAGUACGUAGUAUCAUCCAAGUCAAACAUGAUAAUAAAGGUAUUUGCAUUGGAAUUGAGGGUACAGCGAUUUCAGACUGCAGGGAAGAGUCAGACUGUUUCAAAGCAGAUGAGAGUGCCCUCGGCCUUAAUAAUUGCCUUACAACUGGAAAUUGUCAUAAAGAGACUGAAAUCAGCAAUAAUAAUUUGCCUGUAAAUAAUUGCGAUUCUGAGCAAAAUUUUGAAGAAGCAAAAAAUGGUGAGCAACUUUCUUCUCAACAUGAGUUUGAAACAGACUCUUUUGGAACUGAGGAUUUUCUAAAAUUUGUCAACUUGCAGCAAAUGCCAUUCAGUUCUGAUAGUUCAAAAUCCAGUGGUCAGAGUGACAAAGUUGUAGAUAGCCUAGAAUCGAGUCUCAAGUUUCAGUGCUGCUUUCAGAGUGAGAACAUAAAUGAAGAAGUGUCCCAAUUGAAAGUGUGUUACUUUAACAGCAGUCAUUAUCUUUUCAUUCAACAUCAGACAUGGAUUCAAGUGUGGAAACAAGAAGAUGAUUCAGAUUGGAUGAAAAUAUUUGCUCAUCAGGUCGAUGAUCUUCAGUUUAAGGAAUUGUGUCUUUCUCAGAGUGAAAGUUAUUUAGUGUUGGUUAUGCUGUUAAAUUCAAAACAAAGUAAACAAUGUCUUCAAUUUUUGGUGUUUGAGAGAGAAAGUAGAUUGAUCAAAUUGAUGGAACACACUCACUGGUUUGAAAAUAGUGAAAAUCAAGCUGUUUUCCUUUGUGGUUUGGAGGAUUUAAAGUUUGCAUCAGCUCAAGGUAAUCAGGAUGGAUUUAAAGUGUACUCCCAUUCCUUUAGUUGCUUAGAAGAUAAUCCCCGUCUUCUGACGACCAGUCUUGGAUCUGCAGCAGAUAGUCUGCACAGCCUCUGCAGAAUAGACAAAUUACCCAAUGCUCUUCUUGGUGUGAGUAAGACCAUGCUCUAUGUGUGGCACCUACUCGAAGCUCGCUUAGUGACAUCAGUUCACGUACAAACAGAAAACUCUGCUAGCAUUGAAGAUUGUGUCUGGACUACUGUUGAAAAUGGACUAGUGUUUUUAAUGGCCACUCACACGGAAGAAAAGGAAAGUUCUAAAGUUUGCCAGCUCCUUGCUGCCAAUCUCGCUACUGGUUUCUGUGAAGUUGUUCAGGCAUACACUCUUCAACCAGCCAAAGAAAUCAGUUUGCUUUCCAACAGGAAAAUGAACUUAGUGUACUCUGAACCAUUCCUUGCUGCCUCUACUGAAGAUGGUGCUUUCAUUUGGUUCAUUGAUGAUGAAUAUUGCUGCGCAUCUUUAAUGUCACCCAAUUAUUCUUCCAUAGCCAUAGCUCCAUCCAGGGGAGACUCUUUCCUGGUAGUUGUGGGUUGUAGUGGAGGAUGUGUUAAUUGCUAUGAAAUGAAAUACGGCUGAGGAAAGUGUAAAAUUUGAAUCUGUGAAAUUUUUGCCUCUGAACGCAUGAGAUGAUAGGAAUUUGCUCUUUGUUGAUUUAUUAUUUAAAGUAAAUGUAUCAACAGUUGAACUGAAAACGUUAACAUGUAUACUAGAGUAAACCGAAAUCUUUUAUUAGUAGUGUGAAAAGUUAUCACUAUCAUUGAAAAGUAUGCCAAGUCUAUAUUGAUAUCUUCUGUUGCUUCAAUAAGGCAAAAGUUGUGAAAUUUUGUUAAAAAAUGCUAAGAAUUAAAAAUGUUUAGAUUUUGUUCAUAAAUUUGCACACUACUUAAAAGUUACUGUUUCUCAACAAAAAAAUUUUAAGCAAAAUUUCAGACUUCAAGUGAGAUAUGUAUUUAUUUAAAGAUGUAUUUAACAGAGAUGCCAAUUAUUACAAUUUAUUGGUAAUUAUGAUUUCAUGGUCAAAAUUAUAGUCUUACAGUUGAAUAAAAAAAUAUACGGCUUUUUGAAAAUUUCCAUAAUAAUUUGUUUAAAAUAAGUUUAUAACUGAUAUUAAAUUAAUUUUAUUACGUAAUUAAAGAAUGCACCUAUUAAUUUAAAAAACAGAAUGAACCCUCUAUAUUGAAUAUGUUUAAAAUUGAACAUAAAAUGUUUUUAUGGUGAGCAAUAAAUUUAGGCAUAGUUCUUUGCCAGAAACUAGUUAUUUUAUCAGAAUUAUAUAAAGUCUAUGAAAAUGUUUUUAUGAUGUUUUCUUAAUUUUAUAUAUAUGAAGAACUUUCAACUAAAGGAUUAAAUUUUUUUGCUACCCUAAUUAAGAUUUAAAAAAAUUUUUUAAAAAAAAUAUUUGAAUGCUUAUUUUUUGUUGAAACAUUUGUAUAAAUACUGUUGUAUACUACAACCUGUAUAAAUACUGUUGUACAGAAAUGCUUCAUCUCAACUUUUGACCCAUUGAGGCAUUCAGAGUUAUAGGUUUUGUAUACAUCCUAAGAAUGGUAGUUAACAAAAUUCUUUUGCACUAAUUAUAAAUUUGAAAUUUAAGCCCAUUUCUAUUACAAAUCUCAAUAGUUACAAAGUAUCUCAAUAAACAAAAUCAGAUCAGAAAAAAAAAUAAAGCAAAAAUAUGUUUAAUAUCCUGCGUAAUUCAAUUGUAGCUAUUGAAAAAAUAAUACAAGUGAGUGGUGGUAACUCUAAUCUGAUACAACUGACGAAAAAAUGUGACCUUUAAGAAGUUUUACUUAUUAAAAGUUUUGUUUUUCAACUCUCAACAGUAUUUUUAAAAGCAUGUUCAUGCAUUUAUGUCAUUUAAGAAGAGUACAAAGCCUUUUUAACUAAAUCGAGCCCCAAAAAAAUUUCAUUUAUGGUCCACAAUGAAUUUAUUGUGUAUAGCAAUUGAUCAUUUCAUUGAUAAGAACAAUUUCAAGUUUUUAAGAAAUUAAAAAACAGUACAACAAAUUAUGCAUAAUAUUUAUGUAAUGACUAUGAUAUUUUUGACUGAAGUUAAAUAUGCUUCUUUAAUGAAAUUAAAAUGAGUUUUUAAACUUUUUCAGUAGAGAAACUAAUUUUAUUACUGUACAUAGAAGUAUAUUAUUUUCACCUGUAAUCAUUUAAAUACAUCUUCAGUUGCAUUUGUUAUGAAUAAGUUUUGGUAAAAGAGACUUUUCUAUAACCUUGUCUUAAAAACUUUUUUUGCAAAAAUUUAUUUGAGACCUUAAAAUAGUACCCAAUAUAUUUUAGAACUAUGUUAUAAUUUAGUGUUUAAAAAAAAAAAAGAUCUAUUCAAAUUAUAUACGGUAUACUCUGGACUUCUCAAAAACAUUGUUAUUUAAGAAAAAAAAAACUUUACCCUUUACAUGCCCACCUAAUAUUAAUUUGAAUUCCUAUGUUGUCGAAGAAUUUCUUGUCAUAACCUUAUGUCAAAUACUUUUCGAAGUAAAAAAUGAAUUUGUUCAAAAAAAUCACUGUGUAUCACCACUCAACAUUACUGCGUCUCAUGAAAAAAAUGCUGCCCACAUAUUAAAACGUUUCAGGAACAUGGAAAAUGAUAACUUGGCAGUUUUUUUUUCCAAAUAGAAAAACUGAUUGAUAAGCGAUUUCAAAAAUGAUUACGACAGGCCACGAUGGUAGAGUUUUAUUUAACAAACUCAAUUAUCGUUAGUUUAUUGUAAACAAAUUCUUUUAUAUUUAAUGCCUAAUUAUUUUUGUGUUGCAUUUAAAAACAAAAUUAUCAUUCUUACAUUUAGACUUAUUGUCUACUAUUAUACUAAUAUCUUUAUUAGUAUUUAUUUUGAUGUUCCAUGACUCUACAUUUUAGUAUACUAUUUAAGAAAUUUUUCUUUUUACAUUUUAGAACAUAUUUGGUUCUGAGCUUGUUAUAACGAAGACUCGCUAUUUUUUUAGCGUCCCUUUAACUCAGAGAUAUCAAGAGUGUACUGUAUAUAUUUUUAGAAUUUCCAACCGAAUGGCUGCACAUUCGCAAAUUUUUAAGGAAUUACAUAAUCUUUUUUCUAGAUUUCUAUCACUUCAUUUUUUUAUCUUCAAAAUUUUGGAACGCUUCCACUGCACAAAUUUUAACAGCAAUGUUUAGUUCAUCAAGAAUCAGUGGGCUUGAAAUAGAUGAGGUAAAUUUGUAUUUUUAUAUUGAAGUCUUUUCAAAUUCUAAUGCAAUGCACUAUUAAUGCUGUUAAUAGAAGAAAUUUUUUUAUUUAUAAAAAAUUAGAUAUUAGGAGUAAGAAAUCUAAUAUAAUUAAUACAAAAUUAAAAAUGUUUGUUCUUAUUUCCACACAUUAUUGAAUACAGGUUUUAAAUUCUUUCCAGUAAAUAAAUAUUAAAUUGUUUAAUCAAGCCUUUCUAAAUUUUCAAUAUAUAUAAAAUGACUAACAUUUAUGUUAUUUUUUUAAACACAUGGAUAGAGAUUUGUUAAUAAAGCUAAUUUAAACUUACAUAAUUAGUAGUUCUGUUUAUUAUUAUUGAUACAAAAAGUUUGUUUCAAAUUAAAUUAUCUUUAAGUUUUCAUUUAAUUACUCAUUUAUAAUAAUAGUUAUAAAGACUUGAGCUUUUUAAGUAAUUGGUAAAAGUUAUAUUUAUCAUAAUCAUUAUUUCUAAAUGUUUUAUGAUUGUUACUUUUAUUGAUUCUUUUUCAUUGUAGCUAUGUAAAAUUUUUGUGAAUGAAAGUAUAAAUAGAACAUUCUCAUAUUUUUGUAUAUUCCAAAGAUUUCUGUGUAUAUAUUUCCAUGUGGAUUUGUUACUGCAAAUAAAGUUUAGACAAAAAUAUAAGAGUUUUGAAAUUGUAUAUAUGAAGUACAACUUUGAUGUUGUAAUCUGUGAAUUGCAAAAAAAAAUUUCGAGUUAACCCUUAACAAUCAAAAAGUAUUUGAAGUUUACUUCAUACUAGAUCCAAGCUAUUUUUUUAUAUAAAAGAAAGUUAUGGUAUUUUUAAAUCUUGCCUAUAAAAGAAACUAGGUAUCAGAAAUUUUAUUAAUUGUAAAUAUGGUGAUAUGAUAAAAUAAUUUUUGCUGUCACAUAUUGGACCCAUUAAACCAUGCUGCUUAUAUGGCAACAUUAGUAUGUUAAGGAAUUAUUGAGUAAUAAAGAGUAAGUAAGAUGAAUGCAAUUAAAAUAAUCAGCGAAAUUCAAUGGACUAAUUCUAAAGUAAUUCAUUUGCUAUUCCAGUAAGAAAGAGAUAAAGCUAUUUGUUCCAGAGUUGUUUAAUCACUCAAAAGGUUUACUAAAUUUUAGUUUUGUACUCUUCCAAAAAUAUUAUUUUUAAAUAUUCUUUCAUCUUGAUAGUUUGAAUGAUUAACAAUGGUAGUGAAUUUGUAUGAUCAGUAAGAAGAAGUAAUGACUAGAAUUAAACACUUCUAUUUUACUUUAUAACUGGAGUCAAACAGCCAACCCAAUUUUGAGUUUUCAACCAUCAAAGUUCAACUCAAUAGGCUUGUAAUUUUGAACCAAAUCCAAAAGACAAAGGAACUCGUAGAUUAAGCAUUGGGACAAUUUGAUAUAACCAACCCAUAUUUCCAUUACACGGAGGAGGAAAACCACAAAAACUUUUAUUGGUAAGCCAGACAGCACUUGAAUUCUACCCAUAAAAAUCUGUCUACCAUAGAGGAUAUUUUAUGUCAACAAUGUGAUUGGUGCGAGCUGGGUGCAAAAUUUUUUAUCAACCAGCUACCACAUUGGGAGGCGAAUGCUCUAUACCCUAAGCCACCAUAGAUCAAAUUUGAGUAAGAUAAAAAAGAAAGGAAGCAUAUUUUUAUAGAAUAUUAUCAGCGUUUUAAUAAAAAAUUUGUGCAAUGCGAGAUCAAAGUCAAGUUGGAUGAUGAUCAUGACACACGUGCUUCCAUUUACAGUAGAGUAAAUGAGUUUAUAUAUGGUCAUGGAAGUUAUCUUCUCCUUAAUGAUCUACGGCAGUAUUGUGUGUGACUGACAAAUUAAAAUGUAUGAAAUAGUUGAGGCCACAAGCAUAUCACAAACAGCGAUUCUGCUAUACAAGUAAACUAUAUGAAUCCUUAGAAACUGGGACAUUCAGAGCUCCCCUUUUUUU